AUGGGGAAACCGAUCCAGUAUGCACAGCUUCCCAAAUUUGAGUACCAGACUUUCGAGCGUCAAUAUCAGACCUUCGACCGUCAUACUUUGCAAUUUUCAUUCUAUCCUGUUGCUUCUACAUCAACAGACGAUCUGACACCUGACAAUGAUCAGGGCAAUAACCCCGCUGAGGCAGGCAAUGUUCCAGAAGAAGGAUCAAGUAGCUCGCCGACUGAUGCUGUAUCAUCUCCUGAGGCUGCAGAAUCGUCUGAAGCGACAACGCCGUCCCCAGACCCCGUAGAAAGCCCCGGUGAGCCUGCUGCAGAAGCCGAUGGCACAACCCAAACGCCCAAGGAUGAGAGCGCCUCAGACGACAAGAGAGACGAGCCACAAGCCGAGGGCUCUGUUCAGCACGCAGAAGCGGAACAGGAUGCCACAGAUGCUGCGAAUGCAAGCGUCCCUGAGCAAGAUGCUCAAGAGUCGAAGAAUGAUACUGGUAUCUCAGAAGAUGGUCCCUCUGAUGAAUCAGAUAAACCCGCACCCGAGAAUGGAGAAGCUACGGAACAAGUAGGUGAAGAUGCUAAAGCAGAAGAAGAAUCAGCAGCCAAAGAGAUGGAGGGCCUUGACGACGGCUCCAAAGAGACUGAGCCAGUAUCGGCUCUUCCUGGAGAUGAAACAAGUGGCCCAUCUACAGAUGCGGAAGCUACUCCGCAGCCUGCAGAUGAGCCCGCAAAUCCUGAUGAGACAGGCAACGCUUCGUCCGAUGCACCAGCAACAGAUCCGAAUACAGAUAAUCACCCAUCUGACCCUGUGCCUGAAGCAGAAACAUCGACCGACAAGGCGUCAACAGAUGAGGUGACAACUACAGAGGCUCAAGAGGAAAUCACAACUUCGGCCAACCCAGACAUUGACGCUGAACCAAACUCACCGGAGUCUACAGAUAAAGUAGAGCCGGAAUCUGGCGAAACGCCGGUUGGUGAAGCUGCUGCGGAUGGGGAGAGUAAGGAGAUUCCUCCAGCAGAACCUGUGCAAGACAUACCCGCUAUUGAAGAACCUGCGCCUGCAGACACCAAUGAAGGCGCAGCCUCAGGCAAAGGCAAGAAGGGAAAGAAGAACAAGAAGAAGAAGAAGAAGAAGGGCGCUGUUGCCGUGGAAGAGCCUCCCUCCACACCUCCGCCUCAGGAACUGGAACAGGUCGAGGGUCCUGCUGUCGCUGAAGCAGAAGUCGAACCUGAGGCCAAGGAAACAGAAACAGAAGCGGCACCAAGUACAGACGAGAUAGAUGACAACCCGGCAGAAGUCACCGCUGAACCCGAUCCAUCUCCCGGUGAAGAUCAAGCCGAUGCUGGAGCAGAUGCUAAUACUGGAGAUAAGAACCCUGAACCCACGGCAGAGGAACCCACUUCUGAAGAGCCUGUUUCCGAAGAACCUUCCGUGGAUAAGCCUAGCGACGGUUCUGCUGCCCCGGAAGAUGCCGAGCAUGUCGCAGAUGCUUCUGAAGAAAUCCCAGCCGAGUUGUCUCCAGAGAAAGGAGCCCCUGAAGCAGAAGAACCCCCGGAGGCGGUAUCCGAGGAAUCGCCAAAAGAGGAGCAAACGGAAGAGACCGCGCUCGAGGGGGUUGAGGACAAUGCCAGUGCUGGUGACAUGACUCCAGGGGUCUCUGCAACCGACGAAAAGUCUUCUGCAGAAGAAAAGCCGGUUGAAGAGCCAGCCAACAUGGAACCCGCUGAGCAGACACCGGCUGAUGAGGGAGUGGACGAGGCAGCAGCAGCAGAGCCCGCGGCUGAUGAAACCCCUGCAGAAGUUACAACCAACAACGAAGCAGAAAGCGACGAACAUCCCACCGACGCAGAAGUUUCCGAAGAAGCACCAGUUGACACCCCAGCUACUACACCAGAGCCACAGGAAGAUAUAGUGGAAGUGGAAGAGGAAAAGGCUGGAGAUGAGGUCGCCGAGGAAUCCUCCCCAGUUAAUGCUGCUCCUGUGGAGAAGUCCGAUGACAAGAAAGCGGAUGCCUCCGAGGAAAUUCCUGCUGCAGAUGCGCCGGAAGAAACGGUCUCAGAAGAGUCUACCACUGCGGAGGAACCUCAGGCUGAUGAUCCUUCUCCUGUCACUGAACCUGUUGCAGAAGAACCUGCUCCGACGGAAGAGCCUCCUGUUACCGAAGCAGCUCCUGUCACCGAGGAACCUGCUGCUGCUGAAGACGUUCUUAUCGAGGAAGCGCCUGCCACUAAGGAAUUGCCUGUCACCGACGAGGCUCCUGCUGCCGAAGAAGCUCCAACUACUGAGCCCGCUGUUACCGACGAGGGCCCCGUCGAAGAAGCCGAUGCCGAAGAAACGCCUCUCACAGAAGAAGUACCUGCUAUCGAGGAAGCUCCCGAGCCACUCACUACUGAAGAAGCUCCCGCGAAUGAACCUGCUGUCACUGAAGAGGUUCACCUUGAAGAAGCCCCUGUCGAAGAGCCACCUGUUGCUGAGGAGCCACUUGCAACUAAGGAAGUGCCUUCUAAAGAAGCCCCUGUUGUUGAAGAACCUCCCGCGGUUGAAGAAGAUCCUGUUGAGGAAGCACGUAUUCCCGAAGCAGCACCCGCUAUUGAAGAAGCUCCUGCUGAGGAAGUUCCUGUUGAACAAGCACCUGUUGAAGAAGCACCUUUUGAAGAAGUUCCUGUUGAGGAAGCUCCUGUUGAGGAAGCUCCUGUUGAGGAAGCUCCUGUUGAGGAAGCUCCUGUUGAGGAAGCUCCUGUUGAGGAAGCUGCUGCUGUUGAAGCUUCUACUCCUGAAGAAGCUCCAGUUACUGAGGAGCCUGCUGCCGCCGAAGAAGUCGCUGUUGAAGAAGCGCCGGCGCCAUCUGUAUCGAGAGGAAUCACCGUCGAGGAAGCCCCAGAUGUUGAAGAGGCCCCAGCGGAAGAGGCCCCAGCGGAAGAGGCCCCGGUUGAAGAAUCUCCUGUUGCCGAGGAAGUCCCUCCCGCUGAAGCUCCUUUCCAACCCGCUCCGGAUGACACUCCAUCUGAAGAACCUGAGCUAGUUGAGGAACCCGUAGCCGACUCGCAUGUUGUUGAGUCAGCACCAGCUGAUCCUAUUAUCAUUGAACGUGGCCCCACUAGCGAUGAUACGCCUCCUGAAGAUCUUGUUGCCGACGAACCAGCUGUCGGGGAGGUACCUUCAGAAGAGCCAGUCUUUAAAGAUUCAGCUGCUGGAAGAGAGCUGUCUGAAGAGGCAACAGACCCUACAAGCGAAUACCCAGAUACUGUUGACUCGCUCAAAGAUGACCCCUCAACUACGACCGAAGCUGCCGCUGGAAUUGCAGCCGGAGCUGCAGCCGGAGCCGCCGCCACCGGCUUGGCUCAUGGCCACAGAAAGAAAAAGCGACGAACAGCCGACAUGGACCGUGAGCGUGGUCACUCCAAGAGCUCCUCUGACGAAUACCCGCCUCGACUGGAACGACAGAAGAGUACUAAACGCAGCGGUAUCUUCACAACUCGAUGGGCGGAAGCCUUGGAUGAGGCGAAGCGGCAGCAUGAGAAGAAGGCCAGACAUGAGGACAGACGGAAAGAGAAGACGAUUAUAGUGGAAAGGGAGCCACGCCGUUCAUCAGGACGUGAAAAAGAGCACGAGCGUGUAAGACGGUCCGAACGCACCGAGCGCUCUACGAAAGAAAAAGAACCUGUGCCUGUCAAGACAAGACACAAGCACUCAGAACACUCUAGCAGCAGUGAUCGCGAGCGAAGUGGGAGCUCUUCCUCAAGACACGCGCAGCCCUCAGCGCCAAAGCCUAAAGCUUUUCUGAAGUAUAUGACAUCGGGAGAGUCAGACACCAAACCCCUACUGAAAAUCAACGGCGACAAAGCUGCCGCAAACAUCUAUGAGCCUCAUAGGAGAUCUUCCACGAGCCCGGAUCUCACCAGACCGACGAAGAAGAUCGAGCUCGACGCGAAGCUCGCAGAGCUCGCAGAAAAGCUGAAGAAGAGGAGCAAGCAAAAGCAAAAGAAGAGCCUGAGCAACGCCAUCACCGUCAUAGCGGAGAAGGACACCAUCGUCACCACCGUCACAAACGUGCUCCGUCUCCUCCACGGAGCGGAAGUUCCAAACUAA